UAGCUUCUCAUAAAUAUCUCCAGAUUUCUCUGUACUUACGAAGCUCUUCUUUGUUGUGACCAAAAAGAACACGGUUUUUUUUUUUUGCUUUUCUUGUCAGGAGAGAUAAAGAAACAUGCAAUCUCCUGUGAGGUUUUCAAGCUGCCGAGGAGUAUCCUUCGAAAUCAAACCUCAUGAAAAUCUAUUUGCCAUUUCUGCACCAUCCAAUGAGAAGGCGGGAGGGAGCACACGAAUUUCGCUUCCUUGGACUCUAGGAAGCUCCUCAAAGGUGUUUCCUUCUAUCUCCAGGUCUUCAAGUAGACCCAGUAGCCAUUUCUGUGAUCUUGAUCUUGAUGGUGAGGAUGAUCAAGAUGACAUUUCUUUGGCAGUAUUAGAAGAAGGUAAAGUGGAGGAAAAUAAGCAGAAAAUAGCUACGUUUCCAUCCGGAACUAAGCUAGAGCAGCCAUCAAAACCUGCUCGAAAGCAAGAAUCAAGACUGUCGGUGAUAUUGCUGGACCAAGACUUGUUCACUGUAUACAAGCGACUCUUUAUCGUUUGCUUGACCCUGAACAUCACUGGUUUGGUACUUGCAGGAACUGGGAAAUUCCCAUAUGCAAGAAAUAGAGCUACCCUUUUCUCCAUAGCCAACAUUCUUGCAUUGACACUCUGCAGGAGUGAGGCCUUUUUGCGAGUUGUUUUCUGGCUCGCAGUCGAGGUCUUUGGAAGGUCUUGGAUCCCUCUUCUAAUAAAAACCACCACCACAUCUCUACUUCAAAGUCUUGGUGGCAUACACAGCAGUUGUGGAAUUUCUUCAGUUGCCUGGCUCAUAUAUGCCUUAGUCCUUACUCUUAAGAACAGAGAAAACACUUCGCCAGAGAUUGUAGGAGUGGCCUCUAUUAUCCUUUCUCUCCUCUGUCUCUCUUGUUUGGCUGCAUUCCCUCUCGUCCGCCAUCUUCAUCAUAAUGUCUUUGAAAGGUUUCACAGGUUUGCUGGAUGGACAGCUCUAGCUCUCCUCUGGGUCUUCAUCAUUCUCACUAUCUCGUAUGACUCCAAAACCAAGUCCUAUAGUAAUGAACUGGGCUCCGGGAUGAUCAAACAACAAGAGUUUUGGUUCACAGUAGCAAUUACAGUUCUAAUUAUCAUCCCAUGGAUAACAGUGAGACGAGUUCCAGUCAAAGUAUCUGCUGCUUCUGGUCAUGCCUCAAUCAUAAAAUUUGAGGGAGGUGUAAAAGCCGGUAUAUUGGGAAGGAUUAGCCCAUCACCAUUAUCCGAAUGGCAUGCUUUCGGUAUCAUUUCUGAUGGGAAAACUGAGCAUAUGAUGCUUGCUGGUGCUGUUGGUGACUUCACCAAGUCCUUGGUCUCAAACCCACCGAGCCAUUUAUGGGUUAGGCAAGUGCACUUUGCUGGUUUGCCUUACCUGGUGAAUUUGUAUGACAGGGUUCUUUUAGUGGCGACAGGUUCUGGCAUCUGUGUUUUCUUGUCAUUCCUUUUGCAGCCAUGUCGAGCCAGCGUAUGUGUACUUUGGGUGGCCAAAGGGAUUGUACAAAACUUUGGCAAGGAAAUUCAAGAGAUGAUGAGCGGACAUCCUAAAGACAAAGUGAUUGUGCAUGAUACAGCUGUGCUCGGUAGGCCCAAUGUGUCCCAAAUGAGUGUUGAUGCAGCUAAAAAUUGGAGAGCAGAAGUAGUCAUUGUUACUAGCAAUCCAGAAGGAAGCAGAGAUGUCGUUAAUUCUUGCAAAGCAGCAGGGAUUGCAGCCUUCGGCCCUAUUUGGGACUCCUAGUUCAAUCACUAUUGAACAUCGUAUCUCAUUUCUUUUUUAGUUGUCCUAAUGUGUGUAUUUGGUGCCCUAAUGUGUGUCUGUACUGGAAUGCAAUUGUUCCUCAUCUUUUUACAUUUUCAAAGAAUGAUUCUGGAUAAAAUUAUCAUUCCA